AUGGACAGCACAUCACGCAGCGCACCCUCGCACUCGCACUCGCACUCGUUGAUAGAGCUGCUUCGGAAAAACAUUAUCGGAGCCAUCAGUUCGACCGUGAAGGGAAACAGAUGGCGGGUCGUUGUGGUCGACCGGCCCUCGCUCAAGAUCGUCUCCAUGGCACUGGAGAUGCAGUCGAUCCUCGAGCAGAAUGUGAUAGCUGUCCAGUUGAUCACCAGAAACAGGCAGGCUAUCCGAAAUGACGCAAUCUACAUCCUGGUGCCCUGCGCCGAUUCUGUUAUGCGCAUGAUCGACGACUUUAAACCGGACCCUGGCCAUCCAGAAAAUCCCCAGACAAAGUAUGCGCGCGCACACUUGUUUUUUACCGGAAAGCUGCCGGAGCUGCUCUUCUCGCAGCUGGCAUCGUCGACAGCUGCACCAUACAUCAAAGGAGUUACCGAGUUGUUUGUCGAAUACAACCCAUUUGAAUCUCGCGUAUUUCUCACUACGCCGUCGGAGCAGCCGUUCUACUCGCUGUACUCGCCCCACGCAGCCGACAAAAUGGAACGAGACCUGGACGCCGCCUCCGAUCGGCUUUUGAGCGUCAUUGCCGCGCUUGAAAUUCACCCAUUUGUCAGAUUCUACCGCCCUGCCAAUCCGACCAGCAGCAACAGCAGCAACGACAGUGGAAAUGAUAGCAGCCAAGAUAGUGCAUGCCCACGCAUCGCCGAGGCCAUGGCCCGGCGAUUCCAACUCAAACUCAACGAGCACUAUGCCCACGAAUACAGCGACACCGAUAACAAGGAUCCGCGCCAGCAGCAAAGCUCGGACUCUGUGGUCAUUGUGCUUGACAGGUCAAUUGAUAUAUUCGCGCCACUGGUUCACGAGCUUACAUAUCAGGCCAUGGUUCACGAUAUAAUCGACCUAGGGGAUGGUGCCAAGUACAUUCACGAGAAGAAGACUGCAAAUGGCCAGGUUGAACGGGUUGAGGCCGAGCUAAGCGAAAAGACAGACUGGUUGUGGGAAAAGCUCCGUCAUGAGCAUAUUGGAUCGGUAGCUCAGAAAUUGUCAGACAGAAUCGAGCGGCUGAUGAGUGAAAACACCGGGAUUAAGGCAGCUCAGUCAGAUGGGAAAAAGCUGACGAUCACUGAGAUGAAGGCUGCACUGGCAGAGCUUCCAGAAUUCAAGCGUCUUCAGUCAUUGUACUCGCUUCACAGCGACCUAGCAACACAGUGUCUCGAAAUAUCCAGCAAACGCAACUUGCCGGCGCUGGUUAAUUUUGAACAGGAGAUCGUGACACAGACUUCGGCAGAUGGCAAACACGUUGGACAAAUGUCGCUGGAGACACGUCUCAUUGCCCUCCUGGACGAUAAAGGACUAGACAAAUCCGAUCGCAUUCGGCUGCUGUUCUUAUAUCUUGUGUACGCUAAUGGCGGCAGCGCUGAGGACCGCCGUCGCCUCGAGGAAGUUCCCCAAUGUCUGACGAUUAACGACAAGCACGCGGCUAUAAACCUGCGCCAGCUAGGAAUUCCUACAAACAAGAAGCAGAGCGAGCUUAACAAGCCAAGCGCUAAAAAAACGUAUUCGUGGGAUACAUUUGCACAUGCCGAUCCAGACAAGCAUGAGCCCUGGUUUGUUCCAGCCGUCAAAAGAAUUAUAUUUGAGCAAUUAAACGGAGACCUCGAUGACACCUUGUUUCCAUGGACUCGAGAGACGUUGCCAGAGAACAUUCCCAAACAUAUCCUUAAUGUCACCGCAACUUCGCUGAGGAGGAACAAGGGCACAUGGGAGCGCAAGCAGCAGCAUUCGAAGUCGGAAGACAGCGGGAAGGGGACUGUGAUUAUUUACAUUGCCGGCGGAAUGACAUUUUCUGAGAUGCGCACAGUCUACGAGAUGUCCCGCAAAUACAAGCGCCAAAUUUUCAUAGGUUCAACGCACAUAAUCACGCCGCGCGGGUUCUUGGAGGAUAUGAAGAGCCUACACCUCGAGAUGCUCAUGUGA